AUGGCUAACGUAUUCGAUUAUAUGGACGAAGCUAGUGCGGCCUUGAUAAUUCAACUUCAGAUCCAAGAUAGCCAACGACUCUCCGAAACAUACGAGAGAAAGGGCAAAGGUCGGGAUGGUGAACCCUCAGACUUGCAGCUUUCAUUCAAUCUGUAUCGUGAGGAAUUGGAGCGCAAUGCUGUCAUACUUUCCGACAGGAAGAUGGCGAGAAGCGUCGUUCGAGCCUGUCAGACCGACGGUGAGAUUCUCACAACAUCAUUAUCUCAAGAACAAACCGCGGCGAGCGAUCGACAGAUGGCGUGCAGACUUGGUAAUGUUGUAGAUCCGAACUUUGUUAUGCCAAGAACAUCUACUUCCGAAGUAGACGAAGAAUCACUUGCAAAGCUUUCAACUCUCUAUAUACAAGCACCUGUCAAUUCUGAGUCUACCAUAACAGAAGCAGACUUCGAGUACGAGCCAGAAUCAUCUAGUUGGGCAGCUAUGAGAGAGAGAGAGAAAGCCUUAGAUCGCCGUUGUACAGCCUGUCAAGAGCUGAUUCGAUGCUCCGAUAUAGCUCGAGUUCCUUGCAAUCAUGAAUACUGCAGAGACUGUUUGCAAGAUCUGUUUCGUACAUCUAUGGUUGAUGACUCCCUGUUUCCUCCCCGGUGCUGUCGUCAACCCAUCACGUCUGAGACCGUGCGUAUUUUCCUGACCGACAAGCUCAUAUUACUGUAUGAGCAGAAGAAGAUUGAAUUCGACACGCCAAAUCGAACAUAUUGCUCUAAUCCUCUUUGCUCGGUCUUUAUACAGCCAGAAAGUAUCAUAAAUGAGCAGGCCACUUGUCUGGAUUGCAGCACUAUAACAUGCACACUAUGCAAAGCCACUGCUCAUAGGGGAGACUGCCCCGCUGAUACAGCACUUCAGCAAUUGCUACAUACUGCGAAUGAGAAUGGUUGGCAGCGCUGCUACUUUUGCCAUCGACUGGUAGAGCUUGAUAUUGGAUGUAAUCAUAUCACUUGCCACUGCGGAGCACAAUUCUGCUACAUCUGUGCACAACUCUGGAAGACAUGUGCUUGUGCACAAUGGGACGAAGAGCGCUUGCUAAGCCGCGCGAAUCAAGUUGUAGCACGUCGGCCUGUGGGGUCUAAUCCCUCACAAGUAGGCGCUCAGGUUGCAGCAGCAGCGCAGAACCUGAGAUAUCGACACAAUUGCGUUCAUACGAGCUGGCAGUACGUUCAGGGAGAACAUCGCUGCGAGGAGUGCUACCAUACACUGCCGGCUUUUAUCUUCGAAUGUAGACAAUGCCAAAUCCAAGUUUGCAAGAGGUGUAGAAUGAACAGGCUAUAA